AUGUCGCUCACAGACUCGCCACCAACGCCGCACUUAUCCUCACAAGAUGAUCUUGUUGACCUGAAGGAUCUAUCCCUGUCUGAUCUCGCUGGGCCGGAUACACCUCGGGCGCAGAAACCGUUCAGCUUGUUCGCUGAGACUCCGGAUCAACCACCACGAGCUCAGGCUGCAGGGAGUGACCAGCCAGCUGCUUCAACCUCUCGCCUAAUUGAGAAGAGCAUUGCAGGGAAAAGCGGCUUGCAGGAAGAGAUGGAUGGUGAGGCCGAGAGGAGGACACGAGGGCCUCGGACGAAUAGGGCCGAGAGGCUCGAGACGGAGCUGUUUGAGCUCAAGCAGCUUAAUCAGGUCUUUUCCGACUAUCUGACGUCGCUGGAGGCGGCAAAAGAUCAUAAUUCUCGGCUAGCAGCACAGGUGGAUCGUACGAACGCUUUACUCGACAAGUAUGUCGCUAUCCUCGGCCAGGCGCAACAUACACAAGAGCUGGUGCUGAAUCCUGAAUGGCAAGGCGCUGAAGCUGAUGAGCUCGCUAUCCUCGAACAACGACAAAGAGAGCACGAGGAACGUGUACGCAUUGCAAGGGAAGAAAAAGAGCGGAAAGAGCGUGAAGAACGCGAGAGACUCGCUAAAGCGGAGCGAGAAGAACAGGAACGCGAGGCGCGAGAGCGGAAGGAAGCGAUGGGUUCCCGCGGCAGAGGUCGGGGCGUAAGUGGUGUAAGAGGAGUACGAGGGGUGCGGGGAACGAGGGGAACGACUACAACCACGGCUCCCAGGGGUCGGGGUGUCUCUUCUACCACUGGUGAUGCGUCGAAACCUCGAUCAUCUAUGAUGCCACGGCCGUCCGUAGCUGCUGGCCGUGGCAGAGCUCGGCCCUAA